GUCUAAGAAUAGUGAGAAGAAUCGCGCCCGUUGGGAGAAGUGGCAGUGCGCGUACCUUGUAUGCGAAAUGGUAUCUUUGCGGCGGGAGGAAAAUGCAAUAUAGCAUAACUUGCGCAUCGAUUUUUUCUUCUGCAAUCGCAAACACUACCGAGUCCAUCCUCGAGAGAAAAAGACAAAACUGCUCACCCACCUGCACGGCACGAGUCAGCUACACACGCAAAGUGCAUCGAGUCCAUCCACGACACCUCGUCAGCCUCGAAAUAUCCCGCGGCACAGGCAACUCGUCGCAAUUCAGCUGCACUUGCAAAGUACAUUGAGUCCAUCCACGCGUGUUCAAACAGCACCAAGUCAAGUCAAACCGGGGCACGCGAGC